UGUCGCAAGGACUUCUUGUCUGGAACAGUAGGAAGAUUUGACAAUCCUAAAGAUUUUGCAAUGUUGGUCAUUUACGAAAUCAUCUACCGAGCAAAACAACCAAGAUCACCAGUGCACCCUAAAGUUGUGGUUGAAAAUCCGUCUCGUUAUCGUAUUAAAUCAUUACUUCAGAGAGGGAUAUUUGAGGAAUACUCCCUGAAAGAAACACAGUCUUUCCUUAAAGAGAAUCUGGAAAACUAUGAGUCUCUCAGAGCAACCCAGCUCAAGAUAGAGUAUAUCCGCACACUGGAAAAGGCUGAAGACUUUUUUGUACACAAGUUGUCUUUUGAAAAGAUUUACCAGGGUGAGAAUGGAAGCAGUCAUAGAAAGUUUGAAGUUCAGAUCAGUGCGUUUGGAAUUAAGAAGAGGAGAAAAGACAUUGAAAACAGUCAUCUUGAGGGUAUAGUGGAAAAGUUUUUUGAAGUAACAGAAAUACAAUUCGACCACAUGACAAACCUCGUUAAAAUAUUUCGAAAGGAUGAUCAUCCAGAG